AUGGAGACUCUCGGCCGAGCUCUGUGCAUCAUCACCGGCGCCUCCAAAGGUUUUGGCCGGGCCGUCGCGAAGGAGAUGGCCCGGCUGGUGGAGCCCGGUUCGGCGUUCGUCCUGGUUGCCCGAUCCGGGGACGAACUUCGGACUCUUCAGACGGAGCUGGCCGAGUCCGGCGUGGAGGCUCGGUGUGUGGUCUUGGAUCUGUCCCUCAACGAAUCACCGGAGAGGGUCGUCCGAACCGCGAAGGAGGUUUUCUCACCGGACAUGGAGCACGUUAUUCUCGUUAAUAACGCUGCCUCACUAGGUGACGUGUCCCGUUUCGGCAAAAGCUUCACCAGCAUGGCCGAGGUGACCUCCUACCUCUCCUUCAACGUCAGCUCAGCUUUGUGCCUUACUGCCGGCGUGCUGCAGGCCUUCCCCGAGCAGUCGGGUCUGCGCCGCUGCGUGAUCAACGUCUCCUCUCUGUGCGCCCUGAAGCCCUUCGCCUCCUGGGUGCUGUACUGCUCUGGCAAGGCCGCCCGGGACAUGAUGUUCAAGGUUCUGGCAGAAGAGGAGCCGGACCUGCGCGUGCUCAACUAUGCUCCAGGUCCUUUGGACACAGAAAUGCACAUAGUAGCCAGGACCGAAACGAGGGACUCCAGCUUAAGGAAGGUCCUUUCUGACAUGUUUGCCGAAGGCAAGCUAGUCAAAUGCGAGGCCUCAUGUGCCACGAUGAUGAAGCUCCUCCUGGAAGACAAAUACAAAUCGGGAGAUCACAUUGACUUCUAUGACAUAUAGAUCAGGCGGCUGAACACGCCGUUGCUCAUUAGCCGGGUGUGGUCCUGACUGUUGACACGUCUUAAAAGAUGUUCUGUGGUUCCACUUACAAAUUAACGCCGCGAUAUUUGUCAAGAUCUGUUUUGAAACAAAUGUGCCGUCCCACUUUGUGAUUUGAAACUAGAAAAUGGACCAAAGCCUUAAUGUCUUUGAGGUAAUUCCUCUCAUGUUAUGCGUCUCACUAAAUAUUUUGUCUUGUACACAUCAGGAACUAUGAAGAAAAAUUGAAAAUUGUCGAGUACUGUACUACCAUCUAUAUUAUAUCACCAAAUCAAUAAA